AUGCCCUCGGCGCUGGUCGCGCGAGCAGGCGUAUCACCAGAUCAACAGGUAUUCUGGACCAGCAUCCUCUUGAUCUGUGAGACAGCCACGGCCUUCGCGGUCUGUCCGAUCUUCGGGAUCUGGAUAGACUCGUCGGCUAAUCGCAAAGUCCCGUACCUGGUGGGCUUGAUUUGGCUUGCCGCCGCAAUGGCCUUCUUUACCGCCGCGCGGUCGACGACGAUGUACAUUGUUGGGAGGAUUCUGCAAGGCCUGGCAUCCGCGAUCGUGGACGUUGCAGGUUUGGCGCUGCUGAGAGACAAUGUGGGCAAGGACCGCUUGGGAGAAGCACUGGGGUACGCGGAGACCGGCCGAAUGGUUGGGCUCAUGGCAGGGCCGCCACUUGGGGGACUCGUGAAUCGCUCCGGGGGGUAUUAUGCGCUCUGUAUACUAGGGUUUGUGAUUGUGGCCGUGGACACGGUGAUGCGCUUAGCAGUGGAAGGGGAGGAGGGCAGGGAACAAAGUGCCAUCCACAUGCAGGAGGGUGUUGUUGCUGCUGGGGUUGAGGAAAACGACAGGAAAUCCACAACCACGGUGAGCAAAACACAUGCCGAACCGGAGCCCCAGGAGGGCAAAAAGGUGUCAUUUGCGGGGUUGAAAUUGUUGAAGCAGCCACGGGUGAUCAUCACGCUCUGGGCGUUGGGCAUUGAUGGGCUGGUUCUUGGUGCUUGUGAUGCGACUUUGCCUACCUAUGUGGAGCGAUUGUUCGGAUGGGAUGCCUUUGCGGCCGGUUUACUCUUCCUGGCCAUGGCCGCGCCAUCACUAUUGGAACCCUUGUUUGGACGACUAUGUGACCGUUUCGGAGUCCGCAUCAUGGCAGUAGUGGGGUUCACACUGUAUACCCCGACGCUGAAGGUCCUACUAGCCGCGCUGUUGGCAUUAUGCGGCCUCUCGAUUUGCGUGGCCCUGCCAGCCCUGUACAUGGAGUCACAGAUCGUGGUCGAAAAAAUGGAGGAGCAAAGCCCGGGCAUCUUUGGAAAACAAGGGGCAGUCUCGCAGGCAUUUGCGUUGCAGACAAUGGCUAAUUACGCCGGCCUCUCGGUGGGGCCCAUCAUUGGGGAGAAUCUGCUAAGUAGGUACGGGUGGAAGCCGAUGGCCUGGACGUUGGGAGCCUUGUCUGGGGUGACUAUUUUGCCUGUGUUCUAUCUCGGCCAUACAAGCCUCCGGGGGGAGGAGCAGACUGGAGGCGAGCAAACUGGCGCGAGUUAA